AUGGUAAAUAAAAAAUUUGAGAGACUUCGGAAGCACCCACGUCACCAGCUGUACACUGAGUAUCACCUGGUUAACAAAGCCGCUGCUCUGUUAUCAAGUGGUUAUCAUAGUGGCACUAACACUGGGCGUGGAACUCAACAUGUUACAUGUGGGUCAGUUGUGAAACUCUUCAAUGCUUACUAUAAGGUGCGGCUUCAUUCUCAUGAUGUGAAGUAUGGGUCAGGUUCUGGACAGCAGUCUGUAACAGGAGCCCCACAGCAAGAAGAUCACAAUUCCAAUUGGCUUAUAAGGGGCACAUUAAAGAAACCAUGCCAAAGAGGGAACCCAGUUGCUUGUGGUGAAACAAUACGCUUGCAGCACUUGGCAACAAGGAGGAACCUGCAUUCUCAUCACUUUUCAUCUCCACUGUCAGAUAAGCAAGAGAUAUCUGCAUUUGGAGAAGAAGGAGAAGGUGAUUCUGGGGAUGAGUGGGUAGUCAUAUGUGAUGGUGAAGAAUGGGGUCGCCACCAGACAAUCAUGCUUAGACAUGUUGACACUGAUGUCUACCUUGGUGUAACAGGACAACAGUAUGGGCGUCCCAUCAAUGGACAGAAUGAAGUAGUAGGACUGUCUCGACCAGGAGUACAAGCUAAAUGGCAGACAAUGGAAGGAGUCUUCAUUAAUCCCUCUCAGUUCUCAGAUGACAGUAGAAUAUUUCAUGAUCCAUCAGAACUCUGAUAAUUUCUAAUUUUCUUUUCUUGUGUGGAUUAUGUUAGUACUGUAGUGUAUUGAAAGAAUAACUUUUUUCAUAUAAUUGUAAGCUGGCAGUAUUAUUUAUAAAGCAUUUAAAAUCUGCUUAUGUAACUAGUUUCACAUUUAGUGCACCUUGUAAAGAUUCUACUCUUCAACCCUUACAUGUAAAUUUUAGAUAAAAUAGGUAUUUUUUGCAAUCAAUCCUAACUCAAAAUAAAAAGUAUCUUGCAUAAAUAUACAUUUGCAAAAAUACAUAUGCAGGUUAAGAAUUGAUCCCACUUUCAUGUAUUUUCUUCAGUCCAAUAAAUUUCCAGUGUUA